AUGGAUCUGAAAAAUGGAUCUGUAGUGACUGAGUUCAUUUUACAAGGAUUUUCUGCAGGAUGGGAACUUCAGAUUGUCUUCUUUGUGACAUUUGCCUUGAUCUAUGGGGCUACUGUGCUGGGAAACGCUCUCAUUAUGGUCACAGUGACUUGCAGUUCCACCCUUCAUUCUCCCAUGCACUUCCUCCUCGGAAACCUCUCCUUUUUGGACAUGUGUCUCUCCACGGUCACCACACCCAAGAUGAUCAGAGACUUGCUCACUGAACACAAGACCAUCUCUAUACGGGGUUGCAUGGCUCAGAUGUUCUUUAUGCACUUGUUUGGAGGUGCUGAGAUGACUCUUCUGGUAGCCAUGGCUUUUGACAGAUAUGUGGCCGUCUCUAUGGCCAUUGACAGGUAUGUUGCCAUAUGCAAACCCUUGCACUACAAGACCAUCAUGAGUCACAGGGUGCUCACUGGGUUUCUGCUGCUCUCAUGGGUGAUUGGGCUUAUCCAUACUACAAGCCAGAUGGUUUUCACUGUGAAUUUACCUUUCUGUGGUCCCAAUGUAUUGGACAGCUUUUUCUGUGACCUGCCCCUGGUCAUCAAGCUUGCCUGCACUGAUACUUACACCCUAGAGCUCUUGGUGAUCGUGAACAGUGGAUUUCUGUCCCUGAUCUGCUUCAUUCUCUUGCUCAUAUCCUACGCUGUCAUGCUGGUCACCAUGUGGCAGCACUCCUCCAGUGCAUCCUCCAAGGCUCUGACUACACUUUCUGCUCACAUCACGGUAGUCACUCUCUUCUUUGGCCCUGCCAUCUUCAUCUAUGCUUUCCCAUUUAAUCGUUACUCUGUAGAUAAAUUUCUUUCUAUGUUUUACUCUAUCAUCACUCCUCUCCUUAAUCCAAUUAUUUAUACUCUGAGGAAUCAGGAAAUGAAGGCAGCCAUUAAAAGACUAAGCAAGCAUCAUAUUGGUGCUGGGUUCACCCACUAA